AUGCCUGCGCGCACUCGUCAGGGCCCCUCCGUCACCACGGAGGUCGUGGAUACCGAAGAGACUUCCGGCAAUCUCCGCCGCCUCAAAUUCAAUGAACCAUUGACGUGGCGCGUGGGGCGCGCAGCCAUUCCCAUCGCCGACCUGCUCCAACGGCUGCAGACCCUCGCGCAGGAGCUGCGCAAACUCGAGCAGGAGGAGGUCGAGAAAGAGUCCCUCAAGAAGGUGUCGCAGGAGCUAGCCACCCCACAGCUUCUCGGCCACAAGGACAAGGGAGUGAGGGCGUGGACGACGUGUUGUAUCGUCGAUGUUUUGCGCCUUUGCGCCCCCGACGCGCCCUUCACCGGUAACCAGCUCAAGGUGCGCCCCAUCGUCCCUCGCCAGAUUGGGGGAAAUCACCAAGGCCCCCUCAAGUUGAUUCCCGCGCUGGGGGAUCCCUCCCACACCUACAAUGCUCAGCAUAUCUACGUGUUGAAUUCCUUGGCGGAAGUCAAGAGUAUCGUCCUGUUGACAGACCUAGACCAUCCGGACUCAUUGAUCAUUCCCUUGUUCACAAUUUGCUUCGAUAUCGUCUCCGGUUCCUCCAAGGCCUCGACGGGCGAAGAAAUCGCGAAGAAUGUCGAGUAUGACAUGACUCGCUUACUCACAACGGUCAUCGAUGAGUCGCCGGUUCUUGCCCCAGAUGUGGUGGACGUGAUCGUGGCCCAGUUUCUGCGCAUCGACCCACGCGCCUUGGACUACCCUGCGAAGCGAGGCAAGAAGGACACGCCGGUCGACUCGAAGCAGGGCACACUGCUCCUAAAGGACUAUCCCGCGGCUUACAAGAUGUCCAAGGCGAUUUGUCAGGCUUGUACGGACCGAAUGACCAGCCAUAUCAGCCAGUAUUUCAAUAACGUCAUUAUCGAUGCUUCGGCUCCUCCGGCGGAUGGCUCAUCGAAGAACUCGCAUCGUCGGCCGAAUCUGGACGACUCCGACGAGGAGGGCGAAGACAUCAGGGAACUGAGCAAAGCCCAUCGCUUGAUUCGGGAGCUCUGGAAAGCCUGUCCCGAUGUCUUACAGAACGUCGUACCUCAGCUGGAGGCGGAAUUGUCUGCUGAAUCAACUUCGUUGCGACUGCUGGCAACGCAGACGAUCGGCGACCUCACUGCCGGGAUUGGAGUUGCUGGACCACCACCUCCCCCUCCAAUGGAUCCUGCCGCUUACCCACCAGUGACCUUGGUCGAGUACGACCAAACUAUUCCACAACCUAACGAUCUUGUAAACCCUUCAUCGCCCAAGUCGUUCUCCCAGGUUCACAAUUCGACAUAUGAGGGCUUCAUAAGCCGCCGGUUAGAUAAGUCCCCCUCCGUGCGCGCAUCCUGGGCGACGGCCGCCGGACGCAUUCUGCUCACAUCAGCGGGUCGAUCUGGCAUGGGGGAAGCUGAAGAGCAGAUACUCAUUCAGUAUCUGGGUUCUAUGCUGCGGGAUGCAGAUGAGAAGGUCCGCGUGGCUGCCGUAGACGCAGUGGGCACAUUUGGUUUGUCGCAUAUUGUACACAAGCUAGGGGCUGGUGGUGGUGUGUCUUCUCCGGAUUCGAUAUUAUUCGUCCUCGCCGAGCGUGUCAAAGACCGGAAGCCUCAAGUUCGGGAGCAUGCCAUGAAGACUCUUGCGCGCAUGUGGGCCGUCGCAGCAGGCGAGAUAGAGCAGGACAACGACCAGAUCGUUCCUCUACUGAAGGACGCGCCUUCGAAGAUCUUCGAUGCUUACUAUACCAACGAGCCCGAUAUCCAUAUGCUGAUCGACCGAGUCCUUUUUGAAAUCCUUCUCCCUCUCAACUAUCCUCCCAUCAAAUCUAAACUAUCGCGCAGCAGCUCGAGCCAAUCCCAGAAGCAGAAGGACUCGCAGGUAUCAGAAUCUGACGCUGAAACGGAUGUGGACAGGAUUCGUGUCCGGCGCAUUCUCACCUUGCUCAAAGGACUGGACGACAAGGCGAAAAAAGUUUUCUUUGCUUUACAGGCCCGCCAGAUCCAGUUGCGAACAGCUGUCACAAUCUACCUCCAGGCCUGCGAAGAGUACAAUGGCGGUGUAAUGGAAAAGAAAGAGGAACAGAUCAAAGCUCAGCUGAGCCGUGUUAUCGACACAUUGUCUAAACUCUUCCCCGAUGCCUCCCGCACGUCCGCUGAUCUGUGGAAGUUCGCUAAACUGCAUGAUCGCCGCAGCUACCAGCUUAUCCGCUUUGCGAUGGCUGCUGUCAGUGAUUACCGCACGGUCAUCAAAGCUAUCAAGGAACUUUCGAGGAGAAUCCAGGGCGCUAACAACACCCCCCUUUUGGAUACGCUCACGCCACUUCUGUACCGCUGUAGCUCGCUUGUUUUCAACAGGAGCCAUAUCCCGGCGAUCAUGAGUCUUUCCAGGACGGAUGAGAACGGACUGGCAGGGCCAGCACAUGAGAUGUUGCGAGAAAUUUCCUCCCGCAAUCCUGAAGUUCUGGAAGCACAGGUCCAGGAGAUGUGCAAGGAUCUUGAAUCUCAAGCACCCAAGCCGUCGACGACCGCCGAAUCAGGUACGGAGGAGAUCCUCAAGGCAUGUUCAGGCUUUGCGAAAAAGCUCCCAGGAAAACUGCCUAAGGAACGCAAGUUCUUCAAAGCUCUUGCGGAUUACGCGCUCUACAGCCCAUCGCCUCGCGCAGCCAAACAUGCUGUCACCAUUUUGAUGGCUAUCGUCGAUAAGAAGGAAAUGUAUGCGAAGGACCUCAUCCAGAAAUGCGUAUCCAAAUGGAGCUUUGGAUCAGAUCGCUUCCUGACGAAACUCGCCGCGUUGUCUCAGUUGAACCUUCUAGCACCGCGGGAGGCGGAUGAGGAGAGUGACGCCAUCAUCUCGAUUGCUGUGAAUCAAAUCCUUCUGACCAAUCGAUCACCCGAGCCGGACUCCGGCUACAAGUGGUCUGAUGUCGUGGACGAUGAAACUGCAGCCAAGGAAUGGGCUCUGAAAAUUAUUGUCAAUCGCCUUCGCGCGAAGGACGGCUCGGAUAGUGAUGACGACUUCCGAGCCCACGCCGAACCUGUGUAUAGUACUCUCAAUAAGCUUAUCGUUGGUGAAGGUGAGAUAUCAAAGAAAAAGGACACGCCAGCAGUGCAAAAGUCACGACUUCGGCUCCUUGCGGCCAGGUCCUUGCUGAAACUCUGCGCCUCCCAGAGUCUUUGCGACCAACUCCUCACCCCCAGUGAUUUCAACUCGAUUGCCACGGUUGCCCAAGACCCGCUUCCUCCAGUGAGGGAGGGUUUUAUUAGUCAACUGAAGAAGAAGCUUGUGCAGAACACUCACUUGAGUCAGCGCUGGUAUACGAUCCCAUUCCUGCUUGCCUUCGAACCCAACACGAACUUGAAGGAGAGCACGCUUACCUGGCUACGGUCGCGCGCCGCCUUCUUCUCUCAACAAGGCAGUGGCAAGAAGAACGAGCAAACAGUCAUGGAAGCUAUCUUUUCGCGCCUGCUGUCUUUGCUUGCGUACCACCCUGACUAUCCGCCAGAAAACCUGGAUGAUGAGACGAAAUUCAACGACCUAGCUGAUUUUUCUCGGUACAUCCUUUUCUACCUCUCCGCAGUGGCAAACGAACACAACCUUUCGUUGAUCUUCCACAUCGCGCAGCGUGUGAAGCAGACGCGCGACGGCAUCACCAAGACGGACGAGAUGAGCACCCGUCUGCAUACCCUUUCUGACCUUGCUCAGUCAACCAUUCGCCGAUUCGCCGAUAUUUACGCCCAACAGCGGAGACUGGGUGGCAUCGGUGGCGGCGCUUCCAUCCUGGAAACCUAUCCGGGCAAGAUGGGAGUGCCAAGCUCUAUCUUCGCGCAAAUGGGUAGCCAUCGCGAAGCACUGGAAGUUGCAGAGAAGAACUUCCUCCCAGAUGAUGUGGAUGAGCGGCUUGAUCAGAUUGUGCGGUCCGCAAUGAAGCCGAGGAACGCGUCACAGCACCAGGGUUCCGCGAAGAAACGCAAGUCCGAGUCUGUCCUCACUGGCGGGGACGAUGGUGCCACCAAGAAGGCUCGGAAGGAGCGGGCAACCCGUCGCCGCACCUCGUCCUCAGCGGGCGCAACGUCCAAGACCCCAAAGAAGAAGAAGAAGACUGACGAUGGCUGGUCUUCCGACGGCGGGGAAGCUGUCAAAGUCUCCGCAUCGGCGCGCCGCCGUAGUAGCAGAGGCACGUCAAGGCGGGUCAGCUAUGCAGACCGCGACAGCGACGAGGACGAUAUGGAAAUGGAUGAAUGGGACCAGGACCAGGACGAGGAAGAGGAAGGUCAAAACGAGGAAGAGGAAGUAGAGGAAGAAGAAGCUGGAGAAGAUGCCAACAGCGAAGCCAACGGCAAAGACAACGAUGCUAGCGAAGACGAUGAAGAUGAAAAUGCCGAAGAGGCUGUCUCACCUCCUCCAGCUCCUCCGGUCAAGAGAUCCGCAGGCAAACGUGCUGCCAAGCCCACGACAGUGUCCCUUCCUACCCGACGAUCCUCUCGAAGGGGUUGA